CCGAACUCUCCGUAGGACGCUUCUAACAAUAACUUAAAUUCCAAUGUUUCGAUAUUUAAAUUACGGAAUAAUUUACAAAUGAGAAAUCCUCAGUGAAUUUAGAUGAGUAGAGCUACGGAGUUUUACGUGAUCGCUACAAUACGUAGCCGAUUAGCGUAGCACAAGGUCUACGGAGAGAAUAUUAAUCAUAACUAGAGGUCCCGCAGUAGUCGAAAUUCGACUAUAAUUAAUUGGAACUAACGAAGCCAAGCAUCGCGACUAAAGGAAUGAUACCUAUCAAUUAUAAAACACAAAGCAAACUUUUGCACGCACUAAUGGAAAGAAUCGCGUGACGGAACACGUUAAGUGAACUUCGAGUGGCAUAUAAUAUGCCAGUUCUAUGGGAAUCGUCCCUACGGCCUAUGUACAUAAGGACUGUGUGGGUGGACGGAUUCCGACACGCCAUACUGUCGCACGACGAUCCCUGUUUAAUUAAGUUAAAAAGACGAAGGCCCCAUUCGUCGGCGAGCUGCUCCAAACCGGAUAAGUCCGGUUCUCGUUUGAGCAACCACUCAGAUCUGAACGAGUGUUUGAGGAAGUUCAACUACGUCAUCAGAAACGAUAAAAUCUUAGAGAAACGCAAAUCCGAAAGUAAUGAAGUGGCCAUCGAAAAACUGAACCUGAGCGACGUUGAACAAGAUUCAGACGACGAAUUCAUAUUGAAAGCGAGCCCGCAGCCUUUGAACGACUUCACCGGAGGCCCGAGCUACGAAUCCGGUCCAGACAUGAAGAGCAUCAGGCUAAACAAAACCGCCAGGACCGAACUGAAGGAGAACACAGAUCUAUCCGACAGAGUACUGCAGUGGCUAGAUCUGGCUGGAAAGGUCGAUUUGCUGGCGCCAGAAAACGCGGAACGCAUGUCGCAGCCCAGGCACAGUUGCCCCGAAUUACAGAGACGGAAUCACAACCUAACAAAAUCCAGGACCGUUAUAGACAUACGUAAAGUCGAUUCACCGAAAACGGAAGGUCCAAAAGCGCAACAAACAACAAUUAUCGAUCGUCACCAUUUCUGUGUGACGACGACUACGGCGAACACAAUCGAGAACUACGCACGCCAGUCACGGAACAACAAGAUCACGCCACGUAACGAUGCCACAGCGAAAACAAAAGAUAAAAAGUCGAAGGACAUCAAAGCGAACGUAGUCGAGACGAGACUGAAGAUGGUCAACGAAAGAAACGCAAUACAAAAACAAUACGUCGAAUUAAUCAACAAGAAACUAAUACCGAACGUCGAUAAGAAAAUCAAGAAACAAGUUCACAUAUUUAUGCCCGAUGUGCCGAAGAGAAACGUGGCUGAUGGAAGCGGCCUAUCUGAAAGCUUAUUGUCGCAAGCUUCUUUGAAAACGCUCAAGCAUUGACUAAAUAAAU